UCCUGAGUGCGCAGGUGCGGCACCUGCUCCGGUCGCACAGUCAAGAUGUCCACAGUAAGGCAUUCCUGAGGCAGAGAGGGGGGGGAAAAGGAGAGAGGGAGAGCAAGAUGGUAGUAAUCGUCGCGCAUUGACACCUUCCCUGAGCAGAGCAUCAAGAAAGUAGGCGGUGGAGGGAGAAGGAAUGAACCAACAACAAAGAAAUAGCAGACAAAUAUGAAUGAUGAUUCGUGCCGGGUGCUGCUGUUUUUUGGCUCUGAUUCUGUGCUCCAUCCUCCAGCUUUUUGGUGCAACGGUUCUGCAUCUGAGCAAUGCUGAGAAAGACUCGUCGGUUGCAGGUACUGGUGCAACGCUGAACCACAGCAGCAAUCCGAUUCAGCAAGAAAUAACGUGGCCUUUACGCUUGAUCUAUUACGUUCAUGAUGACAACGAGAGCACUUACCACAUCCUGGAUACCAAAGCCAAGAACCAGCAAAAAGAUGACCAGGCUGUGCAUCUUACUCAUGCAAGUUUCCAGAUCGAGGCCUUUGACACCACCUUUAUCCUAGAUAUUACACUGAACCAUAAUCUGCUGUCCUCUGAUUACAAGGAAAUACAUUAUGAGAAGCAAAAGACGUUCUUUUCCAAGGGUGGCGAACACUGUUACUAUCAUGGAGAGAUACGGGGGAACCCAAAGUCCAAAGUUGCUUUGUCCACCUGCGAUGGUCUUCAUGGCAUGUUUGAUGAUGGUAACUACAUGUACAUCAUAGAACCAUUAUUGCAGACACAUGAAAAGGAGAAUUUGUCAAGGCCGCACACGCUUCAUCGGAUGCCCCUUGGAUUAAUGGACAAGCUUCCACACAUGAGCAACGUAAAGAAGGCCAGCUCUCUUUGGUCUCGAGCGGCUGACUUUCCCUGGGUCCGACCGCGCAGGAGAAGGAGAGCGGCCCAUCGCCGGAGUGUCUUCUACGAAAUGAAGUACCUGGAGCUCAUGAUCAUUAACGACCAUAAGAUGUACAAGAAACGGAGAUCAUCCCGGGCUCACACCAACAAUUUUGCCAAGUCUGUGGUUAACCUGUUGGAUGCUAUCUUCAAGGACCAGCUGAACACCAGGGUGGUCCUGGUCGCCAUGGAAACAUGGUCGGACAAGGAUCGAAUCGACGUGGGCCAGGACCAGAUGAAGACCCUACACAGUUUCUCCAAGUACAGGAAGCAGUUUGUGAGGGAGCAGGCCGACUCAGUCCAACUCCUUUCGGGCACUACAUUUAAAAGCGCCAUGAGCAGUAUGGCAUUCUUUGGAGGCGUUUGCUCGCUGACUCGAGGAGUUGGAGUGAAUGAGUAUGGGGAGGUGUGGUCAACGACUGUUGUAUUGGGGCAGAGUCUCGCACAGAAUUUGGGCAUUCAGUGGGAGUCUGAAUCCAAGAGAAAAAAGGAAUGUGAGUGUCCAGGCUCGUGGGCAGGAUGCAUCAUGGAAGACACUGGGUUUUACCAUCCCCGCAAGUUUUCCAAGUGCAGUAUAAUGGAAUACAAAGAGUUUCUACAGAGAGGUGGGGGAGCAUGUCUCUUCAAUAGACCAACAAAGUUGUUUGAAGCCACGGAGUGCGGAAAUGGAUACGUGGAGUCCGGGGAGGAAUGCGAUUGUGGGCUGCGAAUGGAAUGCUUUGGGACAUGUUGUAAGAAAUGCUCCCUUGCCAAUGGUGCACACUGCAGCGAUGGACCCUGCUGCAAUCACACUUGCCAGUUCCUGAAGCGAGGCUACGACUGUCGAGAUCCUGUGAACGAUUGCGAUAUCGCCGAGUUCUGCACCGGAGAUGUGGGCCAGUGCCCGCCUAACCUCCACAAGCAGGAUGGAUACGCCUGUGAUUUGAACCAGGGUCGCUGCUUCAAUGGGGAGUGUAAAACGAGAGACAACCAGUGCAAACUGAUUUGGGGCUCAAAGGCCCUAGGGUCGGACAAGUUUUGUUACGAGAAGCUCAACACGGAAGGUACCGAGAAAGGGAACUGUGGGAAGGAGGACGAUAAGUGGCUGCAAUGCAGUAAACAUGACGUGUUCUGUGGCUACCUUCUCUGCACCAGUGUUAGCCGGGUCCCGAGGAUUGGCCGCAUUGUCGGUGAAGCCACUCCCACCUCCUUCUACCACCAGGGCAAGCUGGUAGACUGUAGUGGUAGUCACAUCAUUAUGGACGAUGGGACAGACCUGGGCUAUGUUAAGGAUGGUACCCCCUGCGGACCAUCAAUGAUGUGCUUGGAGAGGAGAUGCCAAUCCAUCCAGUCGUUCAACAUCAGUAUUUGUCCAAGUGGAUCAUCGAUAAAGAUAUGCUCUGGACACGGGCUCUGCAGUAACGAGGGAACCUGCAUCUGUGAGGGGACCUGGGCAGGAACGGACUGCAGCAUGUACGACCCCAAGCUCGAGGACCCCAAGAAACCACCCGAGGGCCCCAAGGUGAGCUUGGCCACUAACAGGCUGAUAGGUGCAGUGGCAGGGACCAUUCUGGCUCUGGGGGUGAUUUUUGGAGGAACUGGGUGGGGAAUAGAAAAUGUCAAGAAGAGGAGAUAUGAUCCCAGCCAGGGCGGAGGGAUAUGAAGACAGGCAAAGCAUCACCUCCUGGACUCUGCCCCUGUGGAUUCUGGGUACAACCGCUUAGCAUAAACUGUCAUGGCUUGGCGCACAGUAGAAGCACAGGAGCACAGAGCCUGUACACCCAACGUAACGUUGCCUCGUUAUGCUCCACAUGAUGGAGAGAGGGUGGGGGCGAGAGACACAAGCAAACUACAGCCAUAGGGCUACACUUUUCCUCCAAACUCUUCCCCCACCUGGCCACCCCUCACCAUCAACCUCAGAUUUAUUGGGGUGAGGGUGUGGUGGGGUGGGCUCCAAGUACAUGCUGAGGAAAAUUGGACUUGCUUCUCACCUGGACAUCCUGCUGUGACGCGAAGGAGCCAGGCGACCACAACUCAAUGUCGCCCAAGAUCUCACUGCGCAUGAGUUUUUUCCCUUUUACUUUGCAUCCCCGAGCAGGCACUUCUCUUCCAUGCGCAUCGUGUUCUCUUUCCAAAGGUGUACUUGCAUGGAAAUAAAAUAAAAACACAAAAAAAAAAAAAUCAGAUCGAAGUAAAGAGCAUUGCAGCACCUAUCGAUGGAUGUCUCACAGCACUUUUUUUACUUCCAUGGAAGUUAAAAUGGUCAAUAUCUGCACCCAAUCUCAGGUCCACUUCUCAGCUGUUUAAGAAGAUUUAUUUUCUCUCUGGUUUACAAGCGGAGCAGCAACAGAACACUCUGUGAAAACGCAGGUUGUAAGGAUUCCUUCUCACCGCAGUAUAUUUGUGUUAAUGUAUCGCAGGUGUUUUAUGAUGAUUGGUCAUUAUUUCAGUUGAAUGUUAACUCCCUUACCUCAUGCUCAAUAGCCACAACUUUAUAUGGGUUUCAUUGCAUCUUUUCCACAACCAUGCAGCAUAUAAGUAAUCUGAUCGAGUCAGCUUGGA